AUGUUAAACAAGUUCCUGGAAAAAAGAUUUCGCGUCUUAGAGAUGAUACAAUCGCCUUCGUCGAGUGCACCUGUAAAUAAAAAAAGUUUUCAUGUAAAUAAAACUGAACAGAAAUGCAUAUUUUGCAAUCAAGACCACCUAUUAUACACUUGUAAGGAGUUUACAAAGCUGGAGGUAGAGAAGAGAGUGGAAUAUGUGCAAGGCUGGCGACUUUGUUUUAACUGCCUAGUACCGGGGCAUUCAGUGAAGUUCUGUAAACAUCGAUCAUCUUGUCGCCGAUGUGGGAGAAAACACCACUCUCUGCUACACAGCACGGGGAGCCCGCAGUCGCAGACCGCUGCGCCGGUUCCGGAGUCAUCAGCGCCGACUUCUGAAGAUAAAGAAGAUACCAAGGAGGAAAAAGAAGAUAAAAAUAAAAAGAAUAUUAUAUCUCACCUCACUACUGGGAGUCACGCGCGGCUGAUGCCAACUGCAUUAGUGCAAGUAUACGCUGAAAACGGAGAAAAACACUUGAUGAGAGCGCUGUUAGACCCGUGCUCACAAGAGUCUUUUAUAACUGAGGACGCCGCACAAAAGCUUCGUUUACGACGUACCUCAGUCAGUGGGCAAAUUACGGGAGUUGAAGAGAUGAAGAGUAAACUGAAAUAUGUAACAGAAAUAGAGUUCUCAUCAAGAAUCGAGAUUAAGAUGAAGAUGAAAGCAACUACAUACGUUGUACGCAACAUCACCGGCAUUAUACCGGAGCAUAAAGUGAAGACAGAAAACUGGAAACACGUCGAGAAGUUGAGCCUCGCAGAUCCAACAUGUCACACGCCAGGUCACAUCGACUUGCUUUUGGGAGUCGAAAUUUGGAGCGAAAUUGUUAAACCUGGAGUGAUCAAAGGCCCCUCAGGAACACCUAUAGCACAAAAUACUCACCUGGGGUGGAUAGUUUGCGGAGAUGUGAGGACAGAGCACACUGCCACAAAACACAUCGUCAGCAUGCAUCUCAAUGUUGAUCUUAACAACAUGCUGAAGAAGUUCUGGGAGUUAGAGACUAUAGAAGAAGGAAAUAAUACACUAACUUCAGACGAGAAGAAGGCAGAAGACGUUUAUGAGAAGACCCACAAAAGAAAAGAAGAUGGUCGUUACGUGGUCAGGUUGCCAUUUAGAGAAGAACCACCUGUGUUACCACGUGACUCGCGAGAGAUAGCAGUCAAGAGAUGGAUAUCGCUAGAAAGAAGAUUGGAUAAAAAUCCUAAGUUGAAAAAGGAUUACAACGACGUCUUACAAGAGUAUCUAGAUCUAAAACACAUGAAGAAGGUAGAAGAGGAAGAAAGACCUGAGAAUUGCGUGUACCUCCCUCAUCACUCUGUUAUAAGGGAGGACAAAGAAACUACCCGAGUAAGAGUCGUGUUUCAUGCGUCAUGUGCUGGAACUAAUGGGGUUACUCUAAACGAUGCCUUACUCAUAGGUCCUACCUUGCAAGAAGAUUUACGAGAUAUACUGCUACGAUGGAGGACACACAAAAUUGCAUACGUCGCUGACAUCAUUAAAAUGUAUCGACAAAUUGAAGUUAAUGAGGCAGACACGGAUUAUCAAAGAAUCGUUUGGAGGCCUGAUGCUCAAAAACCGAUAGAAGAUUAUAAACUACUUACCGUCACCUUCGGGACCUCUUGCGCUCCCUACUUGGCCAUCAAAACAUUACGCCAAGUUGCGAUAGAUGAGGGUCAAGAGUAUCCUGAAGCCCAGCGCAUUAUACUACAAGAUUUCUACAUGGACGACGUUCUAUCGGGGCACGAGACAGAAGAGCAAGCUAAAAGAAAUCAAAAAGAAAUAACGGCAAUUCUCAAAAAGGGUGGGUUUGAACUUCAAAAGUGGAGUUCAAAUAGCGAAGUAUUCAUGCAAGAGAUUGAACCUGUGAAGAGAUCACCAAAGUCCCAAAGAGAAGUAGAUGGAAGAGACAGUAUUAAAACUUUGGGUAUAAUUUGGAACACUAAAGAAGAUACAUUACAAAUAACGAAUAACUUGAAAGACUUACCUGAUCAACCCGUCACGAAGAGGAAUGUUUUAGCAGAUAUAGCUUCAUUAUUUGAUCCUAUGGGUUGGCUGGCCCCUGCAGUAGUCGUCGCUAAAAUAUUCAUGCAAAAAUUAUGGCGAUUGGGGGUUGAUUGGGAUGAAGAACUCAAAGAUGACGUGAAGAAAGAGUGGCUCAAGUUUAGACAAGAGAUUCCUGCUUUGACAGAAGUCAAGAUUGAUCGCUGGAUAUUUACCAAUGGAGACAAACGCUCGAUUGAAAUUCAUGGCUUCGCUGAUGCCUCGUCCAGUGCUUACGCCGCUGUAAUAUACGUUCGAGCUAUUGACACAGACGGGCAAGUACAAGUAUCGCUACUUACGGCUAAGACGAAAACUGCCCCUCUGAAACCGGUAAUAUCCAUGCCUAGAUUGGAGAUGUGCGCAGCUGUUCUGCUGUGUAGACUUCUGAAACAUGUUAUAAACAUAUUAAAGAUUGACAGACGCCAAGUCUUUGCUUGGUCAGAUUCACAAGUUGUACUAGCCUGGAUAAAAGGUGAACCAGGUCGAUGGACUCCUUUUGUAAAAAAUAGAGUAACUGAAAUAAAGAAAAUGGACGAAAUAAACGGAUGGUAUUAUGUAAAUACUAAACACAACCCAGCAGACCCAGCAUCGCGAGGAGUGAUGCCAAAAAAGCUCUUGACGAAUACCCUCUGGUGGGAUGGUCCGGCGUUUCUCAAGGAGCCAGCCAUAGAACUGCCCGGAAUCGAAGUACCUGAAACAGACUUAGAAUGUAGAAAAAACAUAAAAACAUUAGUUACAACAAAUAAAGAAACUGAAGAAGAUUUGAUACUUACCUUGAUAACUAAAUACUCGUCGCUUGGGAAACUGGUGAGGAUAAUCGCAUACUGUCGUAGAUGGAUGCUGAACCUGAAAAGAAAGAGAGAAAAUAAAGAUCACUUACCAACUUACCUGACGACUGAAGAGAGAGAUGAAGCACUAACCAUUUGCUUGCGACGAUCCCAAGAAAUAGAAUUUCAAGAAGAAAUUGAAGAUUUAAAGAGUAAGAGACAGCUGAAAAGAAAAAGUCGAUUGUUGUCACUCGCCCCCUUUUUAGAUCCAAAGGGUGUGUUGAGAGUAGGCGGCCGACUGCGCCAUGCUGAUUUAGAAGCCCAACAGAAGCACCCCAUUAUAUUGACGAAAGACAAUGCUCUGUUACCUCUUCUUCUGGCAGAAGCACACAGCAGCACUCUUCAUGGGGGUCCCCAGCUAAUGGUGAUGUACCUUAGAUCAAAAUACUGGUUAAUCAACACGACUAAUAAAAUAAAGAAAUAUGUACGCACCUGCAUCGUUUGUAUCCGGCAAAGAGGAGAAACCAGCAAUCAGCUCAUGGGAGAUCUGCCUUCUAUAAGAGUAAAACCUGCAAAGCCUUUCCUGAUCAGCGGAGUUGAUUUUGCGGGACCGAUAAACGUGCGGAUGAGCAAAGGCCGUGGAGCAAAAUCCACCAAAGCGUACAUAUCUCUCUUUGUAUGCAUGGUGACUAGAGCGUUCCAUAUCGAGCUCGUGAGCAGUUUAAGCACAGAGGCGUUUCUAGCAGCUUUAAGACGAUUCGUAGCUAGACGUGGACGAUGCGCAGAGAUGUGGAGCGAUCAUGGCACAAAUUUUAUUGGAGCCAAGAAGGACUUGAUAGCCAUGUGGCGCCAAGGGCAAGCGAGAAUCCCAGAUGAGUUUGCAGCUCAAUUAGACCAUAUGAGGAUCAAAUGGAAGUAUAUCCCUCCUGCAGCUCCAAAUUUCGGAGGUAUAUGGGAGGCCGGCGUGAAAUCCAUCAAGUAUCACAUGAAAAGGGUUAUCGGCAAUUCCACCCUCACUUUCGAAGAAAUGGCGACGUUACUUACUCAGAUUGAAGGGUGCCUUAAUUCUAGGCCCUUAUACCCACUCAAUGAUGACCCAGACUCCCUGCAGCCUUUAACUCCAGGACACUUUCUGACCACUGAACAGAUUGUUAGUAUUCCUGAUGAUGACUAUUCAGACUCUAAGAUUCACCAGCUAUCUAGAUGGCAAUUAACACAAAAGAUGUUACAAGAUUUCUGGAGACAGUGGCAAAAGGAAUUUUUAACUCGCCUUCAACAACGUCCUAAAUGGAACAGAGUAACCAAAGAUCUGGACCUCGGCGAUCUGGUAUUGGUUAAAGACCAACGACUCCCGCCUGGAAGCUGGCCGAUGGGUCGCAUCAUAGGGAAACAUCCCGGCCCUGAUGGCUUGACUCGGACUUAUGAUAUAAGGACAAUUUCUGGUGUUAUACAAAGAUCUAUAACUAAACUUUGUGUUUUACCUUGUGUAAAGGACUCCGUCCUUUCCGGGGGAGUAUGUUCAAGUUAAUUAGUAUGUUUUGUUCUUUACGCCAUCUACCACGACCGUAUAUUAACUAUCUUGUCCUAAUACUCUUAAUUUUGCAUGUAAACAUUGUGAACCUAUCGAUCUUAUGUAAUUAAAACUCAUCACUUCGGAUAGAUGGCGUUACGGGUCUCAAAAAUCAUAAUGUAUAGUUGUUUACUUGAAUAAAUUGUCUUGCACUACCUAUCUGCAUGAACGGUGCGUUUUUAAUUCUCCCACAACUCUCA